GUCACGUUCUCUACUGCAAAAUCAAAUCAAUAGAAUAUACAGCUGCGCCGUAGCGUUUAGAACAUUCUAGAUUACCAUUACGGAACUUUCAAGUUAUUGCUAUUUCCCGUACCAGAUGGCGCAAUACCGUUGUGGCUACUAAUCGUUAGGUGAUACAGAAAUAAAAAUAAUCUAGAAGAUGUAUAUUCAAUAAUUGCCAUCUUAAAGUGAGGAUUACAUUAUAAGCAUUGUAUUCAUAGAAUAUGAAAUACUUAUCUUUUAUAUAUAAGUAAUCUAAAUUUUCUGUUUAUCUAUGUUUAUAUAAAUCAAAAACUCUUCUUUUUAAGAGAUUUUUGACAGCUGUCAAAAAAUAUUCAACUCAUCCUAUUGUGUGAAUAAUUUGCUGAUGAGAAUAACAUUAAAAUACAUAAAAUGGCCAAAGUAAAUGAAGUAGCAAACUUAUAUAAACAGUUAAAAUCAGAAUGGAAUACUGCCAACCCAAAUUUGAGUAAAUGUGAAAAGUUAUUAUCUACUUUGAAGCUGGAACUUACUAACCUUAUGUUUUUACCCACUACAACGGCUGCUGCAUCAAAACAAGAACUUCUUCUUGCAAGAGAUGUGUUAGAAAUAGGAGUACAAUGGAGUAUAGCCGCUAAGGAUAUAACCUCCUUUGAAAGAUACAUGGCACAACUCAAAUGUUAUUAUUUUGAUUACAAUAAUCAACUUCCAGAAUCUGCUUUCAAAUAUCAAUUAUUAGGAUUAAAUUUGUUAUUCUUAUUAUCCCAAAACAGAGUAGCUGAAUUUCAUACAGAAUUAGAACUAUUACCUGCAGAUCAUAUUCAGAAUGAUGUUUAUAUAAGGCAUCCUUUGUCUAUUGAACAGUAUCUAAUGGAAGGAAGUUACAAUAAAAUAUUUCUUGCAAAAGGUAAUGUUCCAGCAAAAAAUUACAACUUCUUCAUGGAUAUUUUGUUAGAUACAAUAAGAGAAGAGAUUGCAGACUGUUUAUCAGCAGCUUAUGAAAAAAUAUCAGUCACAGAUGUUGCCAGAAUGUUGUACUUACCCAAUGAAGAAGCGGCAAAAACAUUUGCCAAGAAGGCGUUCCAAAACAAAACAUGGAAAUUGAACAACAAUUUAUUCCAGUUUAUCCCAGAAGAAAAGACUCAUGAGCCAAUUCCAUCCCAGGAACUAGCUAAACAAGCUAUUGAAUAUGCAAAGGAGCUUGAAAUGAUUGUUUAAACAUUUAUUUAUAUCCUCACUAAAAAUUAAGACAUCCUGUGGUUUUUUUUACUAAAAUAAAACAAGUUAUCAAAGGA